UAAAUAUACUUGAUACAAAGAUAUAUUUAACACAAUGUCUGAUUAUAAAGAUUCCAAGGAGAAUCUACCAGCCGAGACAUCAAGUCCAAAGACACAUGCGAAGAGGGAAAAAACAAAGUACCAAGCAUUUCGGUCAGAUGAAGAAAUGUCGUCAGAUGGCGAAGAACCCGAUAAUGCUUUAAAGAACCGACGGAAGAUAAAAAAUAACAGAUCUAAUACCUUCAAGGUGAAAAUUAAAAAAAAAGGCAAGAAAAAGGAAAAAGAGAAGGAGAAGGAGAAAGAAAAAGAUAAAGAGAAGGAUAAAAAGAAGAAGACUAAGAAAUCUGUGGUGAGUGGUGAUGAGGUGGGCGAAACCUGUGAUGUAGCUCCAUUACAUGGUCCAGUGUUUGGAGUCUCCCUAGAAACAGCUGUUGAGCGAAGUAGGUUGCCAGAUAAAGUUGAAUUGCCACGAAUUGUAAGGGAAUGCAUAAUGUAUGUCGAAGAAAAAGGUUUGGACAUCGAGGGAAUUUACAGAGUUUCUGGUGUCAAGUCAAAAGUGGAGGCCUUAAAACAACUAUUUAAUGAAGGACGAAAGAUAGACCUUACAGACUAUGACCCGAACACUGUUGCAAGCUUGUUGAAAUUAUUCUUACGCGACCUUCCUUCCAAUAUUCUCACAACACGGCUAGCACCAAUCUUCGAUUCAUGUGUUGGCCUUGAUGACCCGAAAGAACAAGUGAAGAGGUUUCAACAACUAAUUCAUGACCUACCUUGCGCAAACAAAACAUUACUGGCAUGGUUAUUCACACAUUUUUUACAUGUAAUAGAUAACGGCACAGCAACAAAAAUGAACAUUCAAAAUCUGAGUAUUGUUUUCAGUCCAACAAUGAGCAUAUCGCAUGGCGUUUUAAAUAUAUUUUUUACACACAUUUCAAAACUAUUUCCGGAUACACAGCUUGUUUCUUACAUGGAACCUGUGGAACCGGAAAAAGAAGAGCUGUCAUUUCCUGACACAAUAGAAGGACUUCAAGAGAUGCUUGAAGAAAAUGAAAAAGUCUUGACCGAGUUGCAUGCAAGGGUUAAUCAAGUUGGUGACGAGAAUGAAAGUUUAAUGGAUGAGCUUUGGGAAAGACAAAGACAAUCCACUCAAAUAAAAAGGGAAUUGAAGACGUUGAAAAAGAAAAUCGAGAAAGUAGGUACCAAAGAAAAUUCGAGUGAUGUUUUAAAAUCAGUUGAUAAUACAAAGGAAACAGAGGUUAAGGAUGCUGAACCUUCUGUUAAUAAUGUGACGUUAAAAGACUUAGCUUCAAAGCAGUCCUUAAAUGAAGUGAAGGAACAAGUAGCAAUCAAUGAUAUAAAAACUAAGAAAACAAAGGCAAAACCACCCAGGGUCAAGAAAGAAACAUGGAAAGCAGAAAUUACUGUCACAAAGUCAACUAGCAAAGCAGAUGAAAUCACAGAGCUUACUUCACAAGCGAAAAAGAAUGACGACAAGGUGGACAACAUUCCAAGCAAAAAACAAACCUUACCUUCCGAAAAUGAUGGUAAAACAGAUUCAAUACUUGAUGAUGCUGAGGAUGAUGACGAGGAAUACAAAGCAUUGAUUCUCGAGGAAAAAAAAUUGUUACUACAGAAUGAGGAGCUGUUAAAAGUUGGACAACUUUUGAAAAGAAAAAUACAACGUGAACAACUAGACGUGGAGCAGUUAAAAUCAAAACUUCAAGAGUAUCAAAAUUUAAAAGACAAUUCUUCAUCAUCGUCAUCAUCCUCUGCUUCAUUGUCAUCAUCAUCAAGAAAUUCUUCAUGUUUCAAUGAAAGUGAAGACUCUGAGUCCGAAGAGGAUACUUUGGCUCUUGAAAUACUUCUUUCUGAUCUUGAAAAACAAAAUAAACUACUUGAGUUGCAGGGAAAAGAAUUAAUUGGAAAAAUCAGUGCUGAAAGGAAUAUUUGUGCUAUGAUAAAAUCAGACAUUAAAUUUCUGGAAAUGAAGAUGUCAACAAGAUGACUUCUAGAGACUGCAUCUGAAAUAUAGAUCGUAAAAAUGUAUUUUGUAAAUAUAAAAUAAAUUUAUGUUAUUUUUAUGUAAACUUGUACUUAUAUACUUGUUUUAAGAUUUUGUUGUUAUUCUUCUCCUCCAUAAAUAAUUGUUAUUGUUU